AUGAGCAAAAUGUCAUCUGUUAGCGCUGCUCUCAUACGCAGAGGCAGCGAAGUGAUAUCAGCUCGGCUUCAACCUGGUCAAGACCCUCUGGUGAAAGAAUGGAUAGGCAUCUUUUUCAUCUUCUUCACUGUUUUUGCUUUCUUCCUUGCAAUCACCUGGGUCACCUACACCUCGCAAGUCGUCGAAGCCCUAGCUGCAAUCGAAGACCCUAACUCCAACCCACCCCCCUACAUCCGCCUCGACAACCAAAUCAACAACCGCAAUGAUCCCGAACUCACCACCACCCCAACCCCAAAACCAAUAACCAGCAACCUGCGCACAUCCAUCAACUACCUAUUCAACCUCGGCGGCGGCGGUAUUUUCUCCACCUUCCGCGGAUUCCGCAUGUAUCUCGCCUUCAUCUCGCUAGAUAUGGUCUUAGCCCUCUUAAUACCCGCCUUCAUCCCUAUUCCCAUCCAAAUGACCCUCGCCUCGUUUCUAGCCUAUUUCAUGGGCAGAAUGUUUCUCGCUACAUGGCAAAUGGCAUGGGUGCAUGUAGUCAUCGCAGAUAAAUCGCCUUUCGUCGGCUAUCGACGCAUGCUAGGGUAUCAGCAUUGGAAACGGAUUGCUCCUGCUGCCGUACUGCAUAGUGCCGUCAUGUCUAUGACUUCCUCGCUGAACUUGGCUGUCUCCAGGGCUGUUGGGUGGGUUAUUGUGGGUAUUCUUGGUGAGAAGGGAUCGAGUGGUGGAAAGGGAGAAGGGGGACUUGGUGUUGUUCUCUUGUUUAUGUUCUUUUUCUUACUCACUGUACCUGUUAAUGCGAUAUUCACUCGUGUGGCGGCUUCGAUGUUGCCUGAGGGGCUUGAUCCCAUUGUGCCGUUUGAUCGGCGGUUUGGUGGUAAGGUGAAGAUGGGGGGUGGGGAUGCGAGAUUGGGUAUUGUGGAUGCAUGGAGGACUUUUGAGUGGUCUGCGAGGGUUCGGUAUUUUAAGAUUGUCUUUCAGGCGAUUGCUAUUGAGAUUGUGCUGGGUGUUGUUGGGGGGUUGCUGGUUUUGGGCGAGUUGAAGUGGUUGCUUUACUCUCACUGA